UUAAUUCUAAAAAUACAAACAAAACAAAUGCCAACAACAUAGGAUUGCGCUUCAAUCGCCGGCGGAAUAGGAUUCUUCAGUCUUCACUGAAUCAACCCUUCCAAGAUUCAACUGCUCCUGCUGCUAUAUCACUAUAAGAUGGAAGAGAAAAGCGAAAUAUCCAGCCAUGAAUAUGCUGCUAACAUUUCUACCAUAAGAGAUGCCGAAAAACGAAUCAGGCCUUUUGUGCACAAAACCCCUGUCCUGACAUCAGAAACCUUAAAUUCUCUUGCUGGAAGAAAGUUGCACUUUAAAUGUGAAAGCUUUCAGAAGGGUGGAGCCUUCAAGUUUAGAGGGGCCUGCAAUGCUGUGUUUUCACUCGAUGAUGCUCAGGCAGCUAAAGGGGUUGUUACUCAUAGCAGCGGCAAUCAUGCUGCAGCUCUUGCUUUGGCUGCAAAACUACGGGGGAUCCCUGCGUAUAUAGUUAUACCAAAAAAUGCUCCAAAGUGCAAGGUUGAGAACGUGAUUCGCCAUGGCGGCCAAGUUAUUUGGAGUGAGCCGCAUGUGAAGUCCAGAGAGGAUGUCGCUGCUAAGGUAUUGCAAGAUACCGGUUCUGUCCUUAUUCAUCCAUAUAAUGAUGGGCGCAUCAUAAGUGGGCAGGGUACAGUAUCAUUGGAGCUUCUGGAACAGGCUCCCCAAAUUGACACAAUAAUCGUUCCAAUUAGCGGUGGGGGUCUAAUAUCGGGGGUGGCUUUGGCUGCCAAGUCCAUCAAUCCAGCCAUUCGAGUUUUGGCUGCUGAACCGAGGGGAGCAGAUGAUGCUGCAAAGUCGAAAGCUGCUGGUAGGAUUAUAAAGCUGCCCGAAGUUAACACCAUUGCUGAUGGCCUUUGCGCUUUUCUUGGAGACCUCACCUGGCCUGUUGUCCGGGAUCUUGUCGAUGACAUCAUCACUGUUGACGAUAAAGAGAUAAUAGCAGCCAUGAGACUGUGCUAUGAGAUUCUCAAGAUUUCGGUAGAGCCCAGUGGAGCAAUAGGCCUUGCAGCUGUUCUCUCCGACGGUUUUAGGAACAACCCGGCAUGGAACAACUGCAACAAUGUGGGGAUUGUGAUCUCUGGGGGGAAUUUAGAUCUCAGUGUGCUUUGGGAUUCCCUCAACAACUUGUAAAUAAGUAGAAAUUCUUAUGCAUUGUCUGAGAGGUUCACAUUUGCAGUGUGAGGCUCCACAUUCAGCACUUCUUGUGGUGCAACUGUCAUCAUGUGCAGGAUUGUAUUUGGAAACUUGAUGUAAUCCAUUCAACACCGGCAAUUAGGGUUCUGGACUUCUGGCGAUCGGUGACUGUCGAAAGGUCGCCUUUGUUAUUGAAGAAGGCAAUUAGGGUUCUGGUGAUCGGUGACUGUCGAAAGGUCACCUUUGUUAUUGAAGAAGGCAAUUAGGGUUCUGGUGAUCGGUGACUGUUGAAAGGUCGCCUUUGUCAUUGAAGAAGGCGACCAGUGAAUGGUUGUCAAUUGCCAUUGAAGAAGGCGAUCAGUCAUCAUUCGACAGUUGCUGGUGCCACUUUCGAUUACCGAAAUUCUAAUUACCGGUGGAUAACUAACUAUUGGAUUCAAAUGCACAAAAAUGAUAAAUUAUGUGUUUAAUUGCAACUUUUUAGGGUUCAUGAAUUUAACUACUUUUUUGUAUAACA